UGAUUGGUCGCCUUGAACCAACGGCUGCAUGGAACGCUGGUGACGUUUGAUGAAGUGCUUUGUGCGCGAAGGUGCAGAUGUUGGCGGUCUAAGCAGAGAAAAGGAGCAACGAAAGGUCUUUUCUUCAAGUUGAGCUGCACUUGACGGACAAUCAAAGGGAUUUCUUGCUAAAAUGGCAAACUCCAAUGACAUCCAAGUGAAGGAGCUGAACAAGCGUGCAUCGGGUCAAGCUUUUGAGGUCAUCCUGAGCCCCUCAACCCCCGACGCUAAGGUUGACUUCCCCUUGUCCCCAAAUAAGAAAAAGGAAACAUCGCUGGAUGAAAUUAAGAGGAAACUGGAAGCUGCAGAAGAACGACGCAAGAGCCACGAGGCAGAAGUGCUGAAACACUUGGCGGAGAAACGUGAGCACGAGAAGGAGGUCAUCCAGAAAGCCAUGGAGGAGAGCUCCAACUUCAGCAAGCUGGCACAGGAGAAACUCAAUCAGAAGAUGGAGGCAAACAAAGAGAACCGCUCCGCUCGGAUGGCGGCCCUCAACGAGAAGUUCAAAGAGAAGGACAAAAAGCUCCAAGAGGUGAGGAAGAACAAGGAGGCGAUGAAAGAAGAUGAUUGAUCCAUUCAUCAUCAUCAUGACAGCAUGUCCAAAGAUAAGCUACGUUUUUGACGAAGUCUUCUCCUUAAACUGUCACUGUAAUUGGAAUUUUAAGGGUAGAUCUUAAACAAUUGUAUUGCUCCUGAUUUCUCUUUGGCAGCUGGUUAUACUGUAUCUUGUCGUUUUUUUUAGAGGUAUUUUCUGGAAGUAAAUCUGUUCAUAAUGCUGGAAGUCUGACACAGAACAAUGCUGUUUUUCUGUUUUUUUCCCCCCAAAUCCUCAGGAUUCCUACAGGACAUCUGUAUUCGACAAAUAUAAAUGAUGUUACUUUUAUUCUAUGAUCAGUAUCACAGUUAUAUAUGACCCUUUCAAUUCUCACUGUUGCAUGUCUGUUAAUAAAUGUUUUUUUAUACUGCUGACACCUA